AUGGAAGGCCGUUCGAAUGAUGCUGAAAAUGAUCUCAAUGAUCUCUUACGAAAUUUCAGCAAGCGUCUGGACAAGAAGUUGAAAGAGGAGAUGUUCGUAAAAGUUACCAAAGCAAUUGAGUCUGUUCUCGACAACGGUUGCUCAACAGAACAGAGCGGAAACAAAACGGGACUCGUCAAUAAACCGGAGGUUAGAAAGCCGACUCCGGAAACAAAAAAUGACUUGGCCUUCCAAUCUUGUGGCUACGAGAGGCCAGCUAGUUGCGACGAUCAACCAGAACAAAAAUCGAAAAGAAACAAUUCGUCCUGUGCUCCCAAUGGUUAUUCCAACGUUUAUUUAUCUCCUGUUUAUGAAGAACAAAGACAUUACAGCGAUCAUGACCGAUAUAGAACAAGUUCAAGCCAUAAGGAUGCAGACAAGGAUUAUUCACUCGAGAAACCGGAUCAUCGCAACUUGGAGAAAUCCUUUGUGGCAGCAGAACAAGGCGAACUGCGCGACCUCGAAACAGCUGUGCAGAAUCUCAGCGUGGUUUGUCAAGAGCAUAAAGAAAAGCUUGAAAAUCUCAGUUUUGGCGACUGUGACAAAGAACAGCAUGACGUGAAACAUCUGCGAGAGCACUACGUGACGAUUUUGAAGCAAAUAGGAACUCAUGUCAAUGACUUAAACUGUGACAUUGAAGAGUUUUCACAGGAAAAACAGGAUGCGACUAACGAGUUCAAGGUUUCAGAGCUUUCUGAAGAAGUCAAGGCAAAAGAAAAAGCUCUCCACCACGCCGAGGAAGUAAACCAGCAGCUAGCGAGUGAAAUGUCCAAAACCGAGACGGCACUUUCGCUACUUCGACUUCACUGCACUGAUCUGAAGACAUCGCUGGAGGCCGAGGUGGAAGAAAGCAAAGGCGACAUACAAUUGUUAGAGAAAACGAUAAUGCAAUUGAAAGAAGACUUGACAAAGAGCGUAUGCAAAGGGGCGACUCUGGCAGAAGACUUGAAAAAGAGCGAGUCAAAAGUAGCGGUGCUGGAAGACGCUGUGAGCGGCAAAGACUCGGAAGUCCAAGAGGUAAAGAAGAAGAUGUGUGGGAUACAGAAGGAAGCGGAUGAAGCUCUGCUUGAAAAGUACGAGCUUGUCAAGCGGGUGCACGAAUUCAAGCGAGACGCGAAUGAUCAAAAGCAACGGAUAGAUGAGCUAGUCGGGAUCAACGACGAGCUUUUAGUCUUUGCUCAAGGGAAAGAAGCAGAGGUGACUUUGUAUGAUCCAAGCUCUAAAGUGAGUUUUCGUUUUACAGGUCGCGUCAAACACUGCGCAAAUCAAAGCUCUCCAAGAAGAAAACGCGAGGCUGGCAGCAGCAGUCACGCAGGCCACCAAGAAACUUAAAGAGAAGGACGAUCUAAACUUAG